CAAUAAAUUCUUCUAAAAGUAUCUUAUGCAUGUUUUUCUUUUUGUGAAGAGUGUAGUUUAUUGUAUUUGAGUACGAAACUUAUGCGUACAGUGUGUAUAAACCCACACUUCUUUGUAAUGAGCGUUCCUCUCAGUUAUGCGCCAAAUGUCAUUUCAACAUGACACCUUUUAAAAAAUUAGUAUUAUCUCCCACUUGCCUGUUAUAACAUUGCAUAUCUCCAUGGUUACAGGAACGCGGGAAAUAGUAAUGACAACUACAAAUAAAGACACGGUAAUGCCUUGUAACGCUAUGAACACUUGGCUGACGGCUACAACGUUGAGAAUCACGUGCAGGAACGUCGUCAACGUCACCACCAUCAUACUCGUCAGCACAGAUUCGAUGGUGUCCAAGCUGGGCUUAAUUGAAAUGUACGUGUACGGAGAUUGUCAACAUGACAGCUAUGGACAAGAAUGCGGGACCUUCUGCAGGCAAAACUGCACCGAGGGCCUUUGUGAUGAUGUGAACGGCACAUGCACAUGCGUGCUGGGAUGGAAGGGAGAUAACUGCGAUGGAGAUACUUUCAACAGAAGCAACAAAACCCACAUUCCCGCAGACACGUCUAGGCUCAGCAUCAGUCCGUGUUCGUAG